AUGGCCUCACGCUCGAGAGGCUCCGCUCCCCGCUGGACGGCUGUUUUUCUUUGGUGGGCGGCGCUGUGCUGCCUGCUCCUUCCCGCUGCUGCGGUCAAGCACGAGAACUUCAAGCGAUGCGAUCAGUCCGGCUUUUGCAAGCGCAACCGCCAGUUCGCCGACGACGUCUCGGCGUCGAGCUCCUGGACCUCGCCGUACGCCCUCGACCCUGCCUCAAUUGCGUUCAAGAACAGCCAAUUGUCUGGAACAGUCCUCAAGACACUCGGCGAGGGCGAGCACAAGGCCCGGCUGCCGCUUACGGUGACGUUCCUCGAGUCGGGCGUCGCCCGGGUUACGCUAGACGAGGAGAAGAGGCAGAAGGGCGACAUCGUGCUGCGGCAUGAUAGCAAGGCGAGGAAAGAGCGAUACAAUGAGGCGGGCAAGUGGGCCCUCGUCGGUGGCUUGAAGGUCUCCGAAGGCGCUGCGCUCAGCGACCAGGUCGAGCAGGGCUAUACCAAGGUCUUCUACGGCGAGGGCGGGAAGCACCAGGCCAUCAUCCGACACCAGCCGUUUGGAAUCGACUUCCAGCGCGAUGGAGAGACGCACAUCAGGUUCAACGAGCGCGGGCUCUUGAACCUGGAGCAUUGGCGACAGAAGGCGGAGAAGCCCAAGGAGGAAAAUAAGGAGGGCGAAGAGGAGAAAAAGGAGGAAGAAAAGCAAGAAGCGCAGACGGGCGAGGAUGAGAGCACGUGGUGGGAUGAAAGCUUUGGCGGGAACACGGAUUCGAAGCCGAGGGGACCGGAGGCUGUUGCGCUGGAUAUCACCUUUCCCGGAUAUGAGCAUGUGUUUGGGAUUCCGGAGCAUGCUACAAAGUUGUCUCUGAAGACUACGAGGGGCGGGGACGGCAAUUACAACGAGCCCUACCGCCUGUAUAACGCCGACGUAUUCGAGUAUGAGAUGGACAGCCCCAUGACUCUCUACGGAGCUAUUCCUUUCAUGCAGGCCCACCGCAAGGGCUCCACCGUUGGCGUCUUUUGGCUGAACGCCGCCGAGACAUGGGUCGAUGUCGUCAAAGCCAAGUCAACAGCUAAUCCACUCGCCCUUGGUGUCAAGAGCCACACUGACACGCAGACCCAUUGGAUCUCCGAGAGCGGUCUUUUAGAUGUCUUCGUCUUCUUGGGUCCGAAUCCUCAGGACCUGACGCGCCAGUAUGGCGAGCUCACCGGCUACACCGCGAUGCCUCAGUCCUUCGCCAUCGCCUACCACCAGUGCCGCUGGAACUAUGUCACCGACGAGGAUGUCAAAGAUGUUGAUCGUAAGUUCGACAAGUUCAAAAUCCCAUACGACGUCAUCUGGCUCGACAUUGAAUAUACGCACGAGAAGAAGUACUUCACGUGGGACCCUCUGACCUUCGUCAACCCCACCAAGAUGCACAAGCAUCUCGAGAAGCGCGACCGGAAGCUCGUAGCCAUCAUCGAUCCUCAUAUUAAGAAUACCGACAAUUAUCCGGUCAUCGAUGAGCUCAAGAAGAAGGACCUCGCUGUGAAAAACAAGGAUGGCAACCAGUACGAGGGCUGGUGCUGGCCUGGCUCUUCUAUGUGGAUUGACUGCUUUAACCCAGCUGCCAUCACGUGGUGGAAGGGUCUCUUCAAGUAUGACAGCUUCAAGGGCACUGCCCCGAACACCUUCAUCUGGAACGACAUGAACGAGCCAUCCGUCUUCAAUGGGCCUGAGACAACCAUGCCAAAGGACAAUCUCCACUUCGGCAACUGGGAACAUCGCGAUGUUCACAACAUCAACGGCAUGACAUUCCACAACGCUACGUAUGAAGCCCUGAUCGAGCGCAAGAAGGGCGAACAUCGCCGUCCGUUCGUCCUUACUCGUGCCUUCUACUCUGGUAGCCAGCGUGUCGGCGCCAUGUGGACCGGCGAUAACCUGGCUGAAUGGUCUCACCUCGAAGCAUCCAUCCCCAUGGUCCUCAACCAGGGUAUCUCUGGCUUCCCAUUCGCUGGCGCUGAUGUGGGUGGCUUCUUCGGCAAUCCGAGCAAGGAGCUCCUGACCCGCUGGUACCAAGCUGGCAUCUACUACCCCUUCUUCCGUGGUCAUGCGCACAUUGACACUCGUCGCCGCGAACCAUACCUUCCCGGUUCUCCAUAUACUGAGCUCAUCACCCAAGCCCUUCGCCUGCGCUACCAGCUUCUUCCGGCCUGGUACACCGCCUUCCAUGAGGCUCACACGAUCGGUGCACCUAUCAUCCGACCUAACUUCUACGUCCACCCAGAGGAUGAGAGGGGCUUCGCUGUUGAUGACCAGCUCUACAUCGGCUCAACUGGUCUGCUCGCCAAACCCGCCACCAAGGAAGGUGCGGACAGUGUCUCCGUCUACAUCGCCGAUGACCAGCCCUACUACGACUAUUUCGACUAUACCACCUACCAGGGCGCAGGCCACCACACCGUCCCCGCCCCUCUCGAAAAGAUCCCACUCCUCAUGCAAGGCGGCCACAUCAUCCCACGCCGCGACCGACCCCGCCGCUCCUCCGGCCUCAUGAAAUACGACCCCUUCACCCUCGUCGUCGUCCUCGACUCCUCCAAUUCCGCCAACGGCACCCUUUACCUCGACGAUGGUGAGACUUUCGACUACCAGCAGGGCGCGUACAUCCACCGACGCUUCGCUUUCGACGGUAAGCGCAACAUCCUGACCUCUACAAAUCUCGCUUCUGGCUCGCGCACUGCCAAGCUAGACGCGUUCUUGAAGAGCAUGACCAAGGUUAGGGUGGAAAAGGUUAUCAUAGUAGGCGCGCCCAAGGAGUGGAAGGGCAAGACGGAGGUGGUAGUGAUGGAGGAGGGAGCCAAAGAGAGCGCGCGGAGGAAGAAGACGGCGUUUGAGUACUAUGAAGCGGAUGGCAAGAAGGCGGCGUGGGCGGUGGUAAGGGAUCCGAAGGUGGGAAUUGGUAAGGGGUGGAAGAUUGAUUUUGCGUGA